UGCACUGCUUCACUGGGGGGCGCUAACACAAAGCACCAGGUGGUCUGGAAACAACUUGAGAAAGGAGGAGGCCAUUCACUAGCCUGUUUUAGCUACACACACCUAGCUACUGUUAGCUAGCCGGCGGCUAACGAGCAAGCUAAAACAUCAGUUUGUCUUAAUGUCGCCUGUCUUAUCAAGUGAUGGCAAGAGAACAGUGUUCACAGACCGAAGCUGAACUGUAUUACCUCAUUGCCAGAUUUCUGCAGUCUGGGCCUUGUAAAAAAGCAGCUCAGAUUCUGAUUGAGGAGCUGGAGGAGUAUGAGUUGGUUCCUCAGCGAUGGAGUUGGGACGGGCAGAAAUACAAACGGACCUUCCAAGACUGGGUGAUAUUGAACCAGCACAUUCCUGCAGACUAUCUGCUCCAUGUUUGUCAGCGAAUAGGCCCACUCAUAGAGAAGGAGAUCCCACCUAGUGUUCCUGGAGUCCAAACACUCCUGGGGCUGGGAAGACAGUCCUUGCUUCGUACCACCAAAAGCUGUAGCCACAAAGUAUGUAGUGGUUCAGCUGUUGCUGCACUCCACCGAGGACGUCCACCAGAACCCCCAGUCAGCAAUGGAAAUGCUCCCAAUGUUGCAUCCAUCAUGGGUGCUCGGCAGGCCACAGGCACUGCUCGUUUUGGCCAGGUUCUGCCGUCUUCUUCCUACCAACACAUGAAGAUACACAAACGAAUCCUUGGCCACCUUUCCUCAGUCUACUGUGUAGCAUUUGACCGCACUGGUCGUCGGAUAUUUACGGGUUCAGAUGACUGCCUGGUGAAAAUCUGGGCCACAGAUGACGGCCGGCUCCUGGCGACACUCCGCGGCCACUCAGCAGAGAUCUGUGACAUGGCCGUCAAUCACGAGAAUACUCUCAUUGCCUCCGCCAGCUGUGACAAAAUAAUCAGAGUGUGGUGCCUACGUACCUGUGCACCCAUCAUUGUUCUGCAGGCCCAUGCUGCCUCCAUCACAUCAAUACAGUUUUGUCCAGCUGUCAAAGGCACAACACGUUACCUGGCCUCCACGGGUGCAGAUGGCAUGGUGUGUUUCUGGAAGUGGCACUCACUCAGCAUGAAAUUCAAUGAUCAACCAGUCAAGUUUGUUGAGCGGUCACGUCCAGGAGUACAAGUCUCCACUUCCUCCUUCAGUAGUGGUGGCAUGUUCAUGGCUACUGGUGGCACUGAUCACAUGAUCAGGGUAUACUACCUUGGUGCUGAAACUCCCAUGAAGGUCUCGGAGAUGGAUGCUCACACUGAUAAAGUCGUGGUCGUCCAGUUUAGCAAUAACAGUGACAGCCUAAGGUUUGUGAGUGGUAGUCGCGAUGGCACAGCCAGGAUAUGGCAUUACCAGCAACAAGAGUGGAAGAGCAUCACUUUAGACAUGGCUGCCAGGCUGCCAGGGAGUACUGUAGCCAAUGGGGAUGAUAAAACCAAGCUGGUGGUGACCAUGGUGGCCUGGGACCGUGCAGAUAACACAGUCAUCACAGCAGUGUCAAACUACCUGCUCAAAGUGUGGAGCACAACAUCUGGGCAGCUGCUGCAUGUUUUAUCUGGUCAUGAUGAUGAGGUGUUUGUGCUUGAGGCUCACCCAUUUGACUCCCGCAUCAUGCUAUCUGCCGGCCACGAUGGCAACAUUUACAUCUGGGACCUGACCAAAGGAGCCAAGAUCCGCAACUUCUUCAACAUGAUUGAAGGGCAAGGCCACGGUGCUAUAUUUGACUGCAAGUUCUCAGCUGAUGGGCAACAUUUUGCCUGCACUGACUCACACGGCCAUUUGCUGAUCUUUGGCUUCGGUUGCAGCAGACCAUAUGAGAAGAUUCCCGACCAGAUGUUCUUCCACACAGACUACCGACCUCUUAUUCGGGACUCUAAUAACUAUGUCCUGGAUGAGCAGACACAGCAGGCCCCCCACCUCAUGCCCCCACCCUUUCUGGUGGACGUGGAUGGGAAUCCUCAUCCUCCUCGCUACCAGCGGCUGGUGCCAGGAAGAGAGAACUGCAAGGAGGAUCAGCUAAUACCUCAGCUAGGAUACAUGGCUAACAGUGAUGGAGAGUUGGUUGAGCAGGUACUUGGCCAGCAGACGGCAGAAAACGGAGAGAGCCUAUUGGACAAUCUCAUCAGACAGUUGCAAAACGAGCAGGAUGAGCGUCAGAACGCAGAGCAGCAGGCUGAAGAGGCGGGAGAUGACAAUGCAGCGGAGGUGGUGGCCUCCUCUCCGACUGUAGGACCACGCAGAAGUGGGCAGGUAGACGGGGUGUGGCAGAUGCAGCAUAACGCCCUGCGUAGUCAAGUGGCUACCGAGAGGGACCUGCUAGCCUGGAGCCGCAGAGUGGUGGUCAAUGAAGUGCCGCAAGGGACAUACAGAGUUUUGGAGGAGUGUAGACAAGCCAAAGGCGACAUGGAAUGUUCUCUCUACAAUGCAGAGAGGAGGAAGAAACCAGUAACCUGCACGCCCAAGAGUGACCCACUGACUUCACGCCUACGCUCCCUGCGGCCGACCAAGAAAAAGCAGCAGCGCCAUGCUUAUCAGACCCGCUCAGCUCAAGUCCGCCGUCCUGGGAGCAGGAGUCGAAAUUCCAGCACCCGACGCAAUUCUGACAGCCAGAUAGACUCUGACAGCGAUGGAGAUGCAGCAGAACAGGUGGAACAAAGCGAUGCCUCCUCCAACGGUGAAGCUCAGUGGCAGAGUGAAAGCAGCUCCAGCGACUCCUCCAGUGAAUAUUCUGACUGGACAGCUGAUGCUGGGAUCAACCUCCAGCCGCCAAAGCGAUCAACAAGGAGGCCCGUACAGCCCUCAGGUUACAGCAGCUCUGAGGAGGAGGAGGAAGGAGAUGACAAGGCGAAGGAGGUCAAGAAGAGGGAAAAUGAGAAGAGGAAGAAGCCCAAGGAGACCAAACAGAAACCCACAUCCUCUCUGGCUGGCCUCGAUGCGGAGGAGUGGCUGCCACCGUCAUGGAUAAUGGAGACCAUUCCACGCCGCUCACCUUUUGUUCCACAAAUGGGAGAUGAGCUCAUCUACUUCAAACAGGGCCAUCAGGCCUACGUCCGGGCUGUCCGCAGGGCCAAGGCCUACAGCAUCAACCCUCAGAAACAGCCGUGGAACAGACUCAACCUCAGGGACCAGGAAUCUGUAAAGGUGGUUGGAAUCAAGUAUGAAGUGGGACCUCCUACCCUCUGCUGCCUAAAACUGGCUUUCUUAGACCCAGUCUCAGGGAAGAUGACCAAUGAGUCUUUCUCUUUAAAGUACCAUGACAUGCCUGAUGUCAUAGAUUUUCUGGUACUGCAGCAGUUUUACAAUGAGGCUAAAGAGCACAACUGGCAACCAGGUAUGAGGUUCCGCAGCAUCAUUGAUGACGCCUGGUGGUUCGGCUCCGUGGAGGACCAGGAGCCUCUGCAGCCAGAGUAUCCUGACAGCCUGUUUCAGUGCUAUGCAGUAAAGUGGGAUAAUGGUGAGCGCGAGAAGAUGAGUCCUUGGGACAUGGAGCCUAUUCCUGAGGAGGCUGCGUUGCCAGAACAGGUUGGAGAUGGGGUGGAAGUGGCAGAAGAGGAGCUGAAGGCUCUGCUCUACAGGCCUCAGGAAGGAGAAUGGGGGGCUCACACACGGGACGAAGACUGCGAGAGAGUCAUCCAUGGCAUCGAUCAGCUUCUUACACUGGAUGUAGCCAAGGCAUUUGCAUCACCAGUAAAUCUGCGGGACUACCCUCUGUACUGCACUGUGGUGGCUUACCCCACUGACCUCAGCACCAUCCGCAAACGACUGGAGAACCGCUUCUACAGGCGGAUCUCUGCAUUAAUGUGGGAGGUGCGUUACAUCGAACACAAUGCUCGCACUUUCAACGAACCCCAGAGCCCUAUUGUAGCAGCUGCCAAGGUGGUGACUGACGUUCUCCUGCACUACAUCGGGGACCAGAGCUGCACAGACAUCUUGGAUCUGUAUCACAGACUGAGGUGUGAGAUCAGCAGUGGAGGAGAAGCAGAGGUUGAGUUGGAUGUGGACUCUGACACUCCAGGGACAUCAACAGGACAUCGGGGAUCCAACCCGAACUCUAAGAAGCGCGGCGUGGCUUUGGAUGUGAAAGCGUGGCGUAGUCAAUGUCGAGAGCUGCUGCGUCGAAUGAUCAUCUCCCCAGAUUCAGAACCGUUCAGACAGCCCGUGGAUCUCUUUGAGUAUCCGGACUAUCGGGACAUCAUUGACACUCCCAUGGAUCUGGGGACAGUGUCAGAGACGCUGGUUGCGGGGAAUUAUGAAAAUCCGAUGGAGUUCGCCAAAGACAUUCGCCUUAUUUUCAGCAAUUCUAAAGCAUACACACCUAACAAGAAAUCACAGAUCUAUACCAUGACCCUCAGCUUGUCGGCCUUCUUUGAAAAAAACAUCAUCUCUGUCAUCUCCGACUACAAGUCUGCCCUUCAGAAUGAACGGCGGGCUCGUCAGAGGCUCAGUUACAGGAAUAGAUUGCACAAUGGAGGCAGUUCCCCACCUGUUAGUCCAUCCCCCAGCCCGAAAGGGAAGCACAAGUCAGGGAAGGUGUCAAAGCCAAAAAAAUCCCAGACCUCAACGAAGAAUCGUUCUCAGAGACCAUAUCAGGCUCAACAAAGCAGCAGUGUAGCAAAGGAAGAGGACAGCCAGCCCUCUUCCCCAAGUUCAGGGACGAGCAGCGAGAGCAGAAACCAAGGGCCGCAUCGGGUGACCCGCAGCCAAGCAACUCCAGUGAAGAAGUCAGGGCACCAGCGGAAUUUGCAUCUGAGCAACGGCUCCAGACAGCGCCCCAGGCGAGAAGCGCCGCAGUCCGACAACGACGAGGAGGCGUCCGGUUCCAACAGCUCCUCAUCAGAGUCAUCCUCCACCUCAUCAUCGUCCUCUUCCUCGUCAUCGUCGGACAGCGAGAACAGCUCUGAUUCUGAGGGGGAGAAGUACGUGGAAGGGGGAGAUCACGACUACAGCAAAGCCCCCUGCCUGUCAGUACGCCUGUCAGCUAAGAGUAAGGUGGCGGUCUCAGGGAAAAGGAGACACAAAGGAGAGGACAUGGCACAGAGACCUAAAAGAGCACGAGUGCAGCUGCCGGUAGAGGAGGAGGAGGAGGAGGAGGAGGAGGAGGAGGAAGAUGAGGAGGAUGAAGAAGAGGAGGAGGAGGAGGAGGAGGAGGAAGAGGAGCAGCAGCAGGAGCAGGAGCAGCAGGUCGAUGUAAGACACGGGGAGGAUGAAGGAGAGGAGGAGGAGGAGGAGGAUGAAGAGGAAGAGGAGGAGCCAGAGGAGGAGGAGGAACCUGAGGAGGAGGAUGACAAUGAGGACAACUCUGAGGAAGUGGGGAGUGGGGCUGCGGCGGCAGCAGCAGCAGUAGUAGCAGCUAGAAGUCCGAGAGGCAACCAGUGCAAGUCUCGGCGGGUCAACACACGUAACCAGGGCCGCAGGACAGUUCUGUACAGGGACGACUCAGAGGAUGAUGGCCAUGGGUCGAAGGAAGACCCCCUUAACCUUGGCAUGUCCCGCUCUGGACGGGUACGCCGUAUGACUGAGAAAGCCCGUGUCAGCCACCUCAUGGGCUGGAGUCACUGACACAUCGCCCCUUUUCAAACCUCAAUACAAAACAUGAGUAAUACUUCAGGGAUUUUUUUCUUUCUUUUUGUAUAAGUGUGUGUGUGUGUGUGUGUGUAUAUAUAUAUAUAUAUAUAUAUAUAUAUAUAUAUACACACACACACACUUAUAUACAUAUAUAUGAUUUCUUUUUAUCUGAGACUGCUUAUGACUCUCAAACUGAUAGCUGGUGCUCAUGACAUGUUGCCAAGGAGUUUUCAUCCCUGGUGGACAGAGCUACUGUUCAACACAAACCCUCUCCAACUGGACUAACUCACCUCAGCCUUACUGUUCACUGGGAGGAGCCUUUAAGACACUGCUCUUCUCCUCUUCCUGCACGUCCAGUACUAAAACACUAUAUCUACUCCUCUUCAUCCCUCCCACAACCUCCCUUGCUCCCAGUCACCAAAGAAGGAUGCGGAGAUGCCAAAAAAUGGUGCUCAUAUUAUAUUUCUCUGUCUCUUUGAUUUUUUUUUUUUUCUCCUUCCAACAAGAAAUUCAGCAAAACUCUCACGCUGGCGGUCACUAGUUCACUCGAGGACCACAGCAAGAGAUGUGCGGUAUCACUCAAGGUCACUGAUGUCAACAUUUUUUGGUACUUGGUCUUUCUUCACAACCACAAGCCUUAGUUUUUCAGAGCUCACAUCAUAGAGAUUUUGUUCUGUCUGUGGCUGGAGGCAAGACCAGUGUAGUUUGGGGACUAGCAAUACAGGGGAAUCAGUGACUUUGGUCAGUAGAAUACAGUACCAUAGUAAUAUCCCCCUUCACAUCCUCGGCCUGUGAAUGUUAAAUGUUUUUUCCUGCUUUCUUUUACUGGUCAUGGCUGUUUUUUGGCUCGUCAAUUCACCUAUUUAGUUAGACUUGGGUGCUUUUUUUUUAAAGGUGAUUUCUCUUUUCUUUCUUGGGUAAAAAAAAAGCCAAUGCAUCCUGUUUGUAUUUGUACUGUUGUGCUCCCUGAUGGAUCAGACAGGCAUCCAUCCAUGGUUGCUUCCACAACACCUUCUCCACCCAGCACGUGCAAAAGCAAAAAAAAGGGUCCCUGGCCAGCUUCACUUCCACAGAAAUAUUUAUUUUUCCAUUGUAUUAUACUUGGGUUACUUUAACUAUUUCGUACAUUAAUAGUGAUGAGGAAAAAGGAAAUAUUUGCACAUUUUAUCUACUCCACUUGGCAGCUGAGUAAUAAAGAUGUUAGAGAAAAUGAGACAAAACCUCAUGAUUUUUGUGUAGAAAAUGUUUUGAACUGUGCCAGCACACUCUCAGUUCAUUUUUUUUUUUUUUUUUUUUUUUUUUGGUUUGAAUGAGUAAAACAGGAUAUAACUUGGAAUCUCUUUCAGUCUGCGUAUGGUGAAGAUGAAGGUCUCAUCUGAUUGGCAUUCUUAAUCUUGUUUUCUUUCAGCCUAAAGGAGAGGCAGCAACCAUAGAUCAGCCCUUUGUUAGUGUGUUGUGCCAUUUUGUUCUCCCCUUGCUUCCAGCCAUCUAUGGACUGAUGGGUGUCUCGCUUUGGGUGGAACAACUUGCACACAUUAUUCCAUAACAUUAUACAAUCAGGUGUUUUCAGUUGGUGUCAGAAUCACUGUGUCUAGUCUUUCUUGUGAUCUCCAACUGAUCGCUUCAUAAUCCUGAAAUCUCAUAGUGGAAUCAAAUCCCAUCAAAAUGGAUGCAUCCCUUUUUGUUGCACCAGUAAUGUUUACUUUAAAGCCUGUGCGAUUGUCGGGCCUGUAAAUGAUUUCGAGGAGUAACCAGAAAAGCUGACUCACAAACUCUCAUUUCAACACUGGGUGCUCUCUAAUCCACACCUCCUCACCACUCUGCCUCUGCGUGGUCACUGGUGGCAGAAAGGGAGGUUAGGGUUUUGGUUUUUUUUUUUUUAAUUUUGGGAGGCAGGAGAGUUUGGUUAGUGUCAGGUGCUCAGAGAUAAAACACGCAAAUCAAAUCAGCAUCAAGGGUGCUCUGAGUGGCAGCAUUAAAAAUAAUUGAAAUGAUUCUGGUUCAGUGUGAAGAAGACUAUGAUUCACAUUUUGGGAUCUUAUUUUCAUAUAGUAGACGGCUCUUAGUCUUGCCUCAAAGCAUCAGAAUAGUUGAUGACAAAUACAACAAUAACAUUCUACUGUAGGUGGAAUAAGCUUAUGUGACUGUCUUUUAUACACAAUGUUUUGAUUGUAUGUGUUUUUUUUAAUAAAAAAAUCAAAUUUCUCUUCAAA